UCUAAGACUAAAGGCUUGUGCUCUUUCUGAAGAGAUAUUUGCAUUCAUUGAUGUGGAGAAAAAUGGAACAAUCACAUUCAAGCAGUUCUUAUUUGGAUCAGCACAUGUCAUGAAGCAGCCAUUAUUCAGGCAAGCUUGUGAAUUAUCCUUUACUCAACGCACGACUGGGGGAAAUGAUUACAUACUGGAACAUGAAUUGGGAGAUUUCCUUGGUCGUGGAAUCCUAGACUUGAAUGCUGAUGAGGUCCAUGGGAUGUUCAAUUUAUUUGAUUCUGAUAAUGAUGGGAAGAUAAGUAAGGAUGCUUUUGAUUCCUGCCUAAGAAAGAAUCCUUUGCUGAUAGCACAUUUCUUACCUUGUUUGCUGCACAAGGGCUUCUCUUCUCAGAAGCUGGUGUUAGAACGCUGGAGGGCAUAGUG